GCCAAAACAAUCUCUGCAGAAUGCGAAGAGCCGGCACUGCAGGACAAAGUGAUCCAUUCGGCGACGCAGUGCGCGUUUGCCACCUCGCAACUGGUGGCCUGUGCUCGAGUGGUAGCUCCAACAAUCGAGUCACCGGCCUGUCAAGAACAGCUAACUGCUGCUGCAAAACAGGUCGCUCGAGCGGUCGAAGAUUUGCUGAUAGAUGCUCAAGCGGCGUGCAAGCGAAGUAUCACCGAUGGCCAGCGAUCCUACGGUGAUAUCCAUGAAGCCGCUCGGCAGGGACCGACAGAAGAUAUGGUUCGACAGGGUGAGAGCGCAAUACGUCAUAGUCGUCUUCUUGUUGAGCAAAUGGAAGCGGAAGCGGAUCGUGCACCGGAAAGUCGUGAUCGUUUGCUGGAUGCUGCGCGUUCGGUAGCCCAGGCAACCAGUCGUAUGAUUGAUGCUACUAAGGUACAUCCGCAAGCAGCCGAAUCACAAGUAGCGCUGCGUAGUGCUGCUGAGAAAUUGGUGACGGUGACUAGCGAAGCGACAAGUGAGGAGCAGUCUAAACGGACCAUGGAACACCUUGAACAGGCAGCGAAACAAGCAGCUGCAGCAGCAACGCAAACGAUAGCAGCGGCGAAUGCGUGCCAACCAUACCUGCAAUCGAGAAGCGUUACCGAAACACUGAUCAUUGAAUGCACCGAAACAGCAGAACGUGUACCGCCUCUUAUUGCGUCGAUCCGUGAAAGUCAAGCAGCUCGGUCAUCAAGCGAAAAAUUCCGCUCACAGAGCAACCUGAUCCGUGACACCACACAGGUAAUUUGA